AUGCAGAAAUCUAGAUAAUUCUAAAGGUUCGGAAACUUUCAAGCACCACUGUACAUGCUUUAUGAGAAUACACAUAAAGGAUGAUUGUCACACACCCACUACUAACCAGGGACUGAAAUGGUUAACAGUGGCUCAGCGAGGUGUUGUUUAUCUGUGUGGGUAAAGAGACAGUAGGAUACCCGGAUGUUUAUGUUUACAGUACAGCCCUGCUUCAGCUUCGUGUCAUGCUCGUGGGUUUUCCAGUCUCUGCGCGCGCAGGCAGAGAUUUCCGUGAUCAUUACCGGGAAGGUGAACACGUGAUGAGGUGUGUUGUAAGGGCGGAGCUGUAGUUCCGCUCUGAGCUCGCGCAGCCCGUCCGCAGUGCUGUGUGCUGCGGGUGAGGAGGAGCGGCUCUGAGCGGAUAUGAACAGGGACGGCAGAAAACCAGAAACCAUUCAUCUUAAAUGAUAAAAUAGCAGCAAACAACAAUGGCAACUGGUCAGUCUAAUGAUCCUCCAUGUGUCCCUAUCAGUGAGGAUGACCUUGAUGAACACACCCGCUCAUUUAGAUCUUUGUUGAGAGACAGACUGAAGAAGAAGUAUCACAGUUCUGACAGCACUUACUAUGUUCCAAUGAAACUCUAUCCAAAGGAAUUCAAACAUCCAAAAAAAGAGAUCCAAGGACAAGCCAAACAAUCAGUUAUGGAUCUCAAAGACAAAUUAAAGGAUUUUCUGAAAGAUGAGAGUGUAGUUGAGUAUGAUGACCUCUUCAAGCCAUGUCCCAUCACAAAUGAGGAUGUCAGAGCUGUGUUGAUGAAAGGGUUACCUGGAAUUGGUAAAACAACUGCAGUGCAGAAGUUUGUUUUAGACUGGGCAGAGGGCAGAACACAUCAGGACAUCACUUUUGUUCUACCCUUCAGUCUCACAGAGCUGAGCUUGCUGAAGACUAACAAAUGCAGCCUGAAGCAGCUUUUGAAUUUGAUCUUUCCAGAGCUGAUGGACACAGACACUCUUAACCAUGCCAGAGUCCUGUUUGUGCUUGAGGACCUGGACAAAUGCAGACUCAAACUGAAAUUCUGGAACACAAUAUCCUGUGGUGAUCCUGAGAAGAAGUUGCCGCUGAGCGAACUGCUCGUAAACCUUCUGAGAGGGGACUUCUUCCCAAAAGCCCAGAUCUGGCUAACAUCAAGUCCAGAGGAAUGUGAUUUCAUCCCUUCUAAAUAUGUGCAGCGAGUUGUUGAGAUUCAGGGUCUGGAUGAUGUUGAGUGGGAGGAGUAUAUUAGAAGAGCUGUGUGUGACAGUAGUGUAGCUGCAACAGCGAUCAUUCAUGUCAAGUCAUCACAUAAUCUGUACUUCAUGCGUAAUCUACCAGGCUUUUGUCAGAUUGCUGCCACUGUGCUGGAAGAAGCUAUCACAAAGACACCUGACACAGAGCUACCGCUGACUUUAACAGAGAUGUACACACAUUUCCUGCUCAUUCAGAUGAGGAAACAGGCUAUUCAUCAACAAGCUGCAGCAAACCUGAGGAAGACAGAUGCUGAGGAGAUCCUAAAAUUAGGCAAACUAGCAUGGCACACCCUUGAGAACGACAGUUUGACUGUAUUUGAAGCAGACCUAAGAAACAGUAAUAUGGCUGCAUCAGUUGCAGCUGAACUCUCACAGAGGUGGCCUGCAUUGUUUAAAGAGAAAGAACUGACUCAAGGGAAGGUAUAUCAAUUUCCCUUCCAGAGCAUUCAGUCGUACCUGUCUGCACUGUAUGUGGCUGUGAAUUAUGAGCCCAGCAAAGGUAAUGUGCUUCACUAUACACUGGCAGAGAGAGCAGAACAGCUUUUAAAGUUACAGGGAGCCCCACGCAAAAUGCACGAAAGAGCCAUAGAUAAAGCUUCUCGGAGCAAAAAAGGCAAAUUAGAUUUCUUCCUCAUCUUCCUCAUUGGAAUAACUACAGGUCCCAGCUACAAGGACUUGUCAUGUUUUCUUCCUGAUUCUUGUAAAAGAGGGAAAUUAGAGAAGAUUGUGCCUUACAUUCUGAAGAAGACGGAGAGCGGCGCAGCACUAAAUGAAUCUGUUACACUUGUCCGCUGUCUGGAGGAAUUAAAUGUGUCUUGCUCUGUGGAUAAAAGCCAGGCAGAGAGUCAGAGAAAAGGAGAAGAUGACUUCACACCAUCAGAGUGGUCUGCUUUGGUAAAGACCUUGUUGGCCUCUGAGGAUCAGCAAAGAGUUUUGGAUCUCAGGGAAUAUCCUAUCCCAGAAAUGGCUUUUGCGAAACUGCUGCCAGUCAUCAAGAACUCAAGCGUCCUCAAACUCUGUGAAUGUGCAGACACGUGCUGGAUGUUACUUGCCACUGCUCUGAGAUCACCAUCCAACAACAUCAGAGAACUUGAUAUAAAGCAUCACUUUAUCAGGGAACAAGCAUUUAAUUUGUUAUCUGAAGGACUGAAAAGUCCCAACUGCAAAGUGGAGAUCCUCAGAACACCACAUUCAGGGCAUGACUCACUGACGUUGGCCCUUUUGUCUAACCCAUCACACCUAAGAGAACUGAACUUAAGCAUUGUUUACACUGUCACUGAAAAGACAGUAGAAGAUCUAGGAAGAUUACUAGUGGACCCUGCAGCUCAUCUGAAGAAGUUGUCGCUACCUUUCAUUGGAAGGCUCCCAGUAAACAUCUUCAAGAUGUUGGCCACAGCUCUCAGUAGCUGUACAUGCAGUCUGAAAGAGCUAGAUUUGAACCAUUCAUACAGCCUUCGUGAUGAUGAGAGUCCCAUCGCUCUGCUGUCAGCAGGAUUGGGAGACAGCUGCUGCCAACUUAGGGUUCUGAGAUUGGCAAAUUGUUCUGUUAGACAAAUAGGAUUUCCUGCAUUGCUCUCUGCAUUUUCCUCGAACCCUUCACACCUGAAGGAGCUGGACCUGAGUUACAGCACACCUAAACUCAAGGCUUUUCGUCAGUUUUGCUCUUUGCUUGAUGGCUCUCGUUUCAAGCUGGAGACCCUGAUACUGAAUAAGGUGAACUGGUGGGAGGAUAGAAACCCUUCUGACUCCUCCACUGCUAGCACUGCUGAUUGGCUGAGUAAACCCUACAAAGCACUGGCUUCAGCUCUCAGCUCAUCAGACCUCAGAGUGCUGGACCUCAGUAUCAACGCCCUGGAUGAUUCCUCAGUAGAGUGUCUUUCAGCUGGACUGGCCAAUUCUGCCUGUAAACUGGAGAUUCUCAGAAUGGCACGAUGUAGAAUCACAGAGGUAGGAGCCGCAACACUGGCAAAUACUCUGCGUCUGAAUCCGUCUCACCUGCGAGAAUUAGAUCUGAGCUACAAUCCAGUAGAAGGACCUGGCUUUGACCAGCUCAACUCUCUUGUAGAAGAUCCAGCAAUCAGACUGGAGAAAAUAAUUGCAGAGGGGUAUGGAGAGCACCGCAGCCCUGAAGAGCUUCUGCAAUAUCAGUGCUCUCUGACUCUGGAUCCCAACACAGCCUCGUUGGAUGUGGAAGUGUCUGAGGGUGACCAAGAAGUGUGGCACAGCCGCGACCGUAAGCAGCCUCUCCCAUAUCAUCCAGAGAGGUUUAAAUGGUAUUCCCAAGUGAUGUGCAGAGAAGGGCUCUCUGGUCGCCACUUCUGUCAAGUAGAGUGGUUUGGAAGGUUUGCCACUAUCGGGGUGGCCUACAAAGACAUGAGCAGGAAAGGGCCUGCCGAUGCCUGUACCCCAGGAGAAAACAAGAAGUCAUGGGCUAUUAAAGUGAGCACACCCUCUCCUUUAUCACAGGCACUGCAUGAUGGGGUAGAAACUCGACUUCCUGAUCGUUCACCCUGGAGAGUUGGGGUGUAUCUCGAUUGGGCUGCAGGUAUUCUGUCCUUCUAUGACGUCACACAUGACAAGGCUGAACUCAUUCACACGUUUUAUGCCAAAUUCACUGGACCACUCUAUUUGGUGUUCAGCAUUACUGCUGGAAUACGUCUGCUGCCACCAAACCCUGGCCCAGUCUGCUGGCAUGAUCACGACCCCUGGGAUAUGUUUCGAGGUUAUAAGGAGUGCAAGGGCUGCAAUGGAUCAAAGGCAGGAUAAAGUAUCACCAGCAAUGGUUCCGUUUCCCAAACAAUGAGUCAAAUCACCACUGAGCAAACAUUGUAUAAUCUAUUAUUAACCAAAAAAUCUGUUUGGUAUUUCCUUUUGGUCUAACUACCAAACUCAAUAAAGAGAGACUUUAGGCUUCAGUUUUACUUUGAUAAGAAGGAAUGUGACCAAAAGUGUUCUUAGUAGAGUACAGCAUCCUGUUACGUAUAUGAUUUGCAUGCUAGCAUAAGGGAUUGUACCCCCUCCCCUCCCCUUUUAAGCCUUUUAGGGGUGUCUUAUUUUUAGUGGCUUUGGAAAUCUUACGGAGAAUCUUUUGUUAUAGUGUUCCUAUGUUACAGUUAUAUGUCUGAGAUUAUAUAAACUGUAUUGGGUCUUUUUUUGGGAUUAUUAAGUGUUUUACUAACUACGUUUGAUGUUCAGAGCUUGUAUUUACUAGCUCUAAGCUCUGCUAACCGCAGCUAGCACUGCUGCUAACCGCCACUAGCACUGCUGCUAACUGUGCUGUUAAAAAUACUGGAAAUCUAGGCUUACUGUAAAUAAACGGAAGUGCUUUACUCACCCAAAUAAACAGGAGAGAAUUCUGUGUAGAUUACUAUGCAACACCCUUGUUACUUACUAUUGUUGCUUAAAAUGCGCCUUACAAUUCAGUGUGCCUCAUGUAUGAAAAUAGACCAGAAAAUAGACAUUCAUUGAUAGUGUGCCUUAUAUUACUGUGUGCCUUAUAGUCUGUAAAAUACGGCAAAUUAAAAAAUGUACAUAUUUGAUGAUAAUUUUAUUAUUGUGAUUGUACAAAAGAUGAAUUAGCAGAGUUUAUGAGAUAACUGAACUGUUGUUUUAAACUUCAUAUUUACAAUGGAAUGUGACAUGAAAUGUAUCCGUUUUUUUUGUAGUACUGAUAAGGCGUACAAUAAAUGAUGAUAUGCCUUAAACUCAGGCCCGUAGCCAGGGGGGAUCGAAGGGUUCGUUCCCUAUAAUAAUUACUGUUAUUAUUGUGAUAACUCUAAAGUCUGGAUUUUAGUUGAUUUUUAAGAAAUGUAGGUUAAGUGACAAUAACAUUCAGUCACUCACUUUGCAAUGCUGACGAUCAAGCUAGGGUGUAUUUUACUCUCAACAUGCCUGUUGCUCCUAAGGCCAUAUAUAAAAUACAGUAUGAAUACUUAUAGGUUCAAUAUAGACACCCAAUAUGCCAUUUAAAGCUUUUCAGUUAUCUAGCCUAUUUAACCGUAUCUCCUUGCAGAAAAUAAACAUUUAGGGCGAAAUAUGCCUAGUUAUGAAAUAUUAUUUUCAUAUUUGCUUUUUUUCGUACGUCCAUAUUUGAUCGAAUGCGGACAUGUUAUACACCAUUCAAACCGUCUGCCUCUCCAGAUUACGGAACUGUGUUUAGAGUUUAAAUCUGCUUGUGUUUCGCUUCGUGUUUAACGUUAAGUUACCUCAGGACACUCGAGACACACACCCAACCCCCUCCAGCGCUUCCCCCACACUCUUACCUUCAAAACGCCUCCAAACUUAAGAAAAUCCAUCAAUCCAGUCACCAGUAAUUCUCACAUAUAUCCAAACAGUGCUUUAAAUAAUUUGAGGCAGAAAAAAACAAUAUCAACUUUAACGCGUUAUUAAAAGCGGAUUAUUGGUCGCUCCACGAAUCCACGCAUAUCUAAUGACCAGACGGUAUGCAAAUGAGCUCUGUCAGCCAAUCAGGCGCCGAGUUCAGCGAGCUGAAGGGAGGGGGGGGGGGGGGGGGGGCAACGAAGUCCCAGCACAGUUGUAGGAAGAUUUGAAUAAGACACUUCAAUAACACUUCAAUUUAUAUUAUUAUUAAUUCAUGUUUAAGUUUUAAUGACAAUACCGAUAGUGAAGUAAUUCUUAUCUAUUUAUGUCAAUAGUAGAGAGAUAGACAAUAAAGGACAGCAACAUCAGAGACAAACAAUGGAGGGCAGCAACAGAGACAAUGGAACAAAGCAACAGACAACUGAGGUGAGCAACAGAGACAGACAAUGAAGUCACAUCACAGAUGUAGGAAGUUUGAGUAACACUUACAUUUAUAUAAAAUUUAUGUUAACAGUCGGGAGCAACAACAGAUUCACAACAAACUUAUAAUGAAUAAAAUAUGUCUAAAUUAAAAGGUUUGAAGUGUGCUCGUGUAUUUAGGGGGCAUUGGAGUAGAGAGCCAAAUGAAGUCCACUUUUGGGGGAAAAAGAUCCCCCCCAUAACAAUGCUGGCUACGGGCCUGAAACUGCUGAUAUGCCUUAUUAUUUUCUUAACAGGAGGUACAAAAAUAAAUUGAUUUGAAUGGCUUUCACACAUGGAUCCAAAGUAUUUAGGUUGUUUUGGAAUCUAACUUAUGUGAAUCUAGGCUUUUUACGUUAAAACCAUGUCUCCUUAUGGGCUCAACAGAUUAUCUGGGUGCCUUAUAAUGAUUUUUAAUGUUUAACAGCCAUGCGCCCGUGAUAAAGUUUAUUGUGUUGUUUUGUGUGAAUAUUUAGAUGUUGCCUUUUUGUUUUACAUUUGUGGUUUCAUUGUGUGUAGGGGUUGUGGGUAGAUAAACUGUGAUGUCACAACCAGUCCCCCUGUAUAAAGCUAUUUUCCUGAUGACGAUCAUAGAGGUCAAAACUAGUUUGCUACCAUGAAUAAAUGAGAAACCUCUCUUUAUAAACA